UGAGGAUUCGAGGAACCAUUGGACGAGUGGCAGUUUGUCGGUUUCUCGAAUCUUAUUACUCACCAACUCCCUGCUAAUUGAGGUACUCUUCAACGGCAGGCCAUCCUUUGGAGCGGAACGAAACUCAAAAAGGAGGCGAGCGAGGCGAGCUCUCUACUGUGCGAAGUAGCUUGGUGUCAAGCGAAUCUGUGCCUUGUGCCUUGAACCUUCCUUUUUUUUUCUCCGUUGCUUGCCGCAAUCCCAUUCGCUCCGCAUCGGUAUCGCGAAAAAUCUCCUGGAGGAGCAAGUGAGCAAGUCACUACUGUCUCUCUCUCAAACUCGCCCACCACAUCACCACCAAGGAACUCCAACCCACGUUGUUGGCAUGACCCUUCUGCCAGCAUAGCCAUGCUCCUAUGCGAUUUCCAUCCUACCCCACAGAACAGUACGACAAGUAUUCUUAUCCACAGCCAUUCACCUCAUCCCCUCCCCAACACGUCGCUCGCGUCGGCUUCAUUCGUUCAGCUGUCGCAGUUGUAACCUCAUCCAUUGUCACACAGCAACCCCGUAUUUGAUUAGGUUACAAGAGGAUCAACCACCUGGCAAUAAUCCUCCCAGUGCAACAACCAGACGCGAUUUUGGCGGAGCAUCCGACGGAGUGGAAGCGUUAGUCGCAACGGGUAUCUGCAUUCGCUCGAACCUUAAAGUCCACACAAACGAACGAACGAACGAUUAUAAAGCGAGGAGUCGCACUUCGGCCUGUGCCAACACGGAAACAUGCAGAUGCAAGCAGGUAGUACCACUGCGACAAUGCUUUCUCCAACUUCCGAACGGCCAGCCUCUCCGGCUUUGACGAAUCCUGACAUGAUCCUUCCAUACGAUGAUGGAGAGUACGACUCCAAUCCUUCCCCUCUUCGAAAUGCCUUCUCUGCGUCCAACGAAUGGAGAGACCCCACCGAUGAUAACUACUCCUUGAGCAGCCCACCACAUAUGGGCCCCGGGACACCGACAACUCAAAUAAUAUAUGGUAAUGGGACGAUGUUGUCUGAUAUUGGAGAAGUGACGGAGGCCGAGACAACACCUGGGCGCAACAAAAAGCUUCCCGGGCCAGCGGAAAGGAGAUUGUUGAAACAACAGGCGCAAUCUCAGCAUAUGUCGAUUGGGUCGAACCCCGCUCCAGGGCACCAUUCCGCGUCAGGGAAAACGAGGAAGAGAAAUCAUCAGCGGAGCCUUUCCGUAGAGUCUACCAGCACAGUUAUGUCAAUAGGGCAUUCUGCGGAAUAUUUCGAAGACUUCGACGAUGGAGUUAGCGUGGACGACAGCAAUUUUCAAGGAGAUGACGAAGAAAGUGUGGCCGAUUCGUAUAGGGAUCCGUAUAGGGAGGAAGUAAUCGAACAGGAAACCCAGCGCUUGUCGAGAAAAGCGAGCAAGAUUGGAGAGGAAGACGAGGAGGAGAUAGAAAUGAGUGCCCGGCGUGCGGAAGAAAUUCUGCUGAAUGCAAAAAAACGCUUAACGGUGAGUCUAGUUCUUUUCAGCCGACCGGAAUCUCUUGCUAAUGAAAUUAGAGUAUGGAGGGAAACCUAAAUCGAGCCCGAACCUCUCUCUUGACACCUGCUCGAUCUAUGUCUUCGAUAAACAGUAGCAGUCCAUUAUUCAGAACUGCUCCUUCGCCUCUUGAUAAUGGUCUUCCAAGUCCCUCGAGGCAUCGGCAAUUGCAUACCCCGAUAGAUUCUCCCGUGGGAACGCCAGGACAUUCGAGAGUAUAUAGCGAGAAUUCAAUUGUUUCGCCGAUGGGCAAAGGUCGAUUCCCAGUCCGAUCAGCGAGUGCGGCAGCGCGGUACAUUCCCAACAAACAUAUGGAUAGUCAUCGGAGACUUGGAAUGUCUCAAAGCUACGAAUCUCUCCGUGAAGAAGCUGCAUUUGCUGCAUCUUCACUUAGCCGACAUUCGCCACCCCAUCCUGUCAUUCUCGAGCCUCUAAAUGAAGACGUAGCAAAUGAAGAAUUUGAUAGAGGAAGUGCAACAUCAAGUAGUCAGGAUGAAUUCGUUACUCCUAGCGGCGACCACCAAUUAAGUCGGUCUACAUCUUCUACACAAAUGCGAGACCUCAGAGGUCAAAUGCAAGAUCUGAAGGGGAGACUAUCAGUUUUGCGAGACCGCGCCAGAGACGAUACCAUGAAACGAAGAAGUCUCCAAAGUUUGAGGACUCCCAGUCCGUUUACAGCCGCCGAGCAGUGGUAUACCAAUGCUAGUGGAUACGGCGAAGAUCCCCUGAGUGCUGACGCUGGAUUAUCUCCUCUGAGUAGUGGGAUGUCACCUGUGUGGAAAGAAGAGGAAAACACAAACGUGACGCAAUUGAGUCCAAGGAUUGAUUCCACUAGCCCGAAGAACUCCCCCCAACCACAAGACUUUGAAGGAUCAGAUGUGACUAGUGUCUACGAGGAUGUCUCUGAUAUACAGCAAUUUUCGGAGGUCCCCAAACGCUCACACGAACCUCAAAUUCGGAAUGAGGAUAUAGAGUCUGGCCAAGAUUACACAUUUCUGGAGAGUGAAUACCAGGAAGAGAGCGAAUAUUACAAUGACGAGAUUGUUAGCGUGGACGGAGCUGGUUAUGAGAGCGACUCUUCUGCUUACCACGACAGUUCAGAUGUCCCAAUCUCCCAUGAAGACCGUGAGGAUGCCUUUGAUUACGAACACUUCUUUUUGCACAGUGCUAUGGGCACAAUAGGCCAACAGGGGAGAAAACGUAGUGGCACUCUUGGAAGUUUUAGUUCGGAUGAUUCAGUUGAAACCACUCGUGCAAUGCAAGACUCACAUCAGGCAAAUGGGGAGAAUUUCAACCCCAGAGCGUCCUUCACUCAUCUCAGAUCUGAGAGUAAGGGAUCAAUUUCAACGAUGGAGAGUUUCGCAACCGCAGCAGAGAGCAACAGCUCCGAUGAGGAUCGCUCUGGGAAUCAUAGUGAAGAUGAAGACGAGUAUGCCGUGCGCCACUCCAAUGCUACUAUUACACGGCUACCGACACCCCCCCUUACUAAACGUUCAACCUUUGGAGCCACGCAGGAGGGUCUUCAAUUUCCUGAAGACAUACCAGAGUCACCCAAGUUGGAGAGAUCUCAUGCAAUCGCUCUGGAUGAGAAGAUCUCAAACCACAAUGUGGUUGAGCGAAAUGGAACCGGUGGUCACCGGCCUUCUGUCUCAUCUGUAAAUUCUUGCUCAUCAGCUGGAACAAGAAGAAGCUUCCCCCUUGUGAAUCCACCCAAGAUGCCAGAACAACCUAUGGUCCAUGGACUUGGAAUAGGAUUGGGGUUGAGGGGUUCCGGCGAAUCAAAGAGCUCAGUUCUCACUAGCGAUUCUACGCUCAUCGAUAGACAGAGCUCCAUGGACGAGGAACGUGUACAAACAUCUUCCGUUCACAUGCUUGCUCGAGACGACCAAGUCCUAGUUGAGAGACUCGUUGCUAGUCUUGGGAAGUGUGUACUCGGUCUUCAAGAGGCAGCACCGGGUAGUUAUGACUCACGUGUUUGGAGACGAAGAUUAUAUGCCGCUAGACGUGUGCUCGAGGGCGACGAAGGAGCUAUCUAGUUCCUCUACUUUCUUGUGUUCUUUUAUUUGUUAUUUUUCAACGACGACGACUUUGGGGCAUCUUUCUCCCUAUGACAACACGAAUCGCGACUCUGAUUGUUGUCUUUCUGGGCGUAUUUUUUGGUGUGGCUUCGUUUUCUGGUUGUUUUUGAUACCCCCUCCGACAAACUUUUCCUUUUUUUUCGUUUCAUGUCCAUUACUCUUCUACGAGGCACAGAUAAUUUGUUAAUAAUAAGCAUCCUGGCUGAACUUUUUUUCUUCAAGGGAGGGAGAGAUUUUGCUUUUAGCGAUGAGCGGGCAUGCAUUUUGAGUGGCGACGGGAGGACUUUCUGAGAUGUGGCUGGCAUUCGAGAGGAGAAAAAUACAGCUUUUACUUUUGUUAAUAUACUGCCCAUACCCCAUUAUGUUGGGUUUUCUUUCUUUUGACCUUCCCUGUUGUGUUACCUUUUUUAUGGUUCUUAUGCUUUGAUGUUGGGAUGUGUGAUAGAUAUAUGUUUAUGUGUACUAUUCUCUUUUUGAUUGCCGGUUUGUGGAAGAGGGGGAGAGUAGCUUAUUGAUGUAUUAUACCUAUUUGAUUAAAUAAUUGAAAUUUACUGUUUUGAGG